AUGAAAAAAAUUUUGAGGAAAAACAACAUAUCAGCAUGCUUAGAAAUAAAAAAAAGUGAGGUGCGCUGCUUACAAAUAAAAGAUGCUGCCAGGGAAAAAUUCCGUUCACUUUGGGUUGAAGUAGGCUGGGUACUGCAAAGCGAAAGCUUUAUUCAAUUGGGACUGGGACAACUUUUCUUAGGACGUUCUUAUUCGAACAAAUAUUUAUCUCAUGUGGGAGUUCAUAUUGGAUUCUCGAGACAAGCUUAUCUCGAAAUAAAAUAUGAGUGA